ACGCUGUUUCUCUCUCUCUCUCUCUUUCUUUCUCUCUCAGUUUCUUCCUCCACCCUCUCUCCUUCCUCUCGCCUGGCUUGUUUAGUUCUUCAGUUAUAUUGGACUUAUUGACACACAAAUCAAGUUCUUUGAUGGCAGAGUUGAGACUGGUGGUCGUUGUGCGGCCGAGGAUUUCUGACAUGUUCGUUUGAAUUUAUAGUGAAAAAUUGUUGACGGUGGUUGCGGUGUGUUUGGAGACCCAGCUGUGUUUGUGAAGUCUCCGACUACGGUUGGUUUUUCCUGGUUUGAUUUCACUGCGUGUGAUGGAAGUUUCGAUCCAUAAGUGACUUGAAUGCCUUACUUGCAUCUGGUGUUUUGCUCAUUUGACUAGUUGAAAUAGUGCCAAAGAAAAGCGCCGACUUCAAGCAUUUCAGCGCGGACUGGUAGAAAUGAUGUUUUCGAACACGUGUGCCUGCAUACUGUUUUCAACUGGAAACUUUCAGCGGAUAAUGCAUUGUGGCUCGUUGUUUGACGUGAACUAAGUGUGAGACCGUUUUCGGUACAUAUUGACUCUCUUUAAGGACACUGCAAAGGAUACAUGACAAAUGGAUUAUCUUCGAGCUAUUUCGAUCUCCCUCGGAGUGUACUGACUGUGACUGCUUUGACUUCUGAACAUUGAGUUUUGUACUAAGACCUUUGCUCAGUGAGCUUUUGGAUUAUGCUUGCGUGUGAGGGGGAUAUCCGUUUUGAGAUGAAAAUUUCGACCACCUCAUCUUGAAACUUUGAUGUGCACCUUUCUCGUGUUCCCGUAUUCUGUUAUAUUCACCUAACAGGACGACAACGAACAACUCUGCGCAUGCUAUUGCAUUUUUAUGGCCUCCAGUUUUGCUUCUUUUGAUCAUAAGCACUACCUCGCCAUCAGUGAGUUUUAAGUUUCGCCAGUAAAGUGUUUUUUUCGUUGAGGUUUUUCGUUUUUUUUUUUUAGUAAACUCACCUUCUGUUGAUAAAAGCUUAUUAAGACAUUGCUCCGCCCCACACUUUUUGGGUUAUUUUGCAGCAAGAGAAAACUUUGCUUUGCACGUCUUGUUUGAGACAGUUGUUAAUUAGCCCAUGCUGAUCACCCACGGCCGCCUGUGGACCCCUGCGACGUCUCCUUCUUAGAUGGGACAAAACUUCUUCGACCGUCCAGACGACAACCUGGAUCCAUGGGGUUCCACCCGGCCGGACUCGCCCCCCAGCGCGCAGCAGGGCCAGGAAGCAGGGCCGGUAGGGUUGGGUCACCGCUUGCUCCAGCGACAGCGCAGCAAGAGCGCCGGCAUCCUGCCCCACGGCGACUGGGUCGAGUCCGGUCAGUCCUCGCUGUCCUCUCGACCGCUCAGCACGCCGAUGCACAUGGGCGUCUAUGACCUCAUGCCGCGCAAGACCGCCGCGUUGUACAGAAGCGAGGACACUAUCGUGAACUCUUCCUUCGAUAGCUCCUCCUCUUCCUCUCUCUACUCCUCCGGGGUGGGGGCUGAAGAGUGUGAGGUGGAGUACGGGGAAGAGGAAGGAAGCGUUUUUGGAGAAGACAGUGAAUAUAUGAGUGAAGACGAGAGCUGCAGCGAGAGGUCCUCACAGCGCGGCCGCCCGUGCCGACGGGUGAAUGGGCUGAUAGAGAACGGUGAACCGUCGGAGGAAGAACUUACGUUGUCCAAUAUUUUCGAGGACAAGGCGGAGAACUUCGUGAUGGCGGCCCUGUUCUGUGCCUCGGAGGAGGGCAACGUGGACGGCCUGAAGGAGCUCGCCGAGAUGGCCGCCAAC